AUUACCGACGUCAACUCAAAGAUCGGUUCCCCUGUCAAAAUGGUGAAUAUAAAAAAAUUCACCAUUUCUUGCAAAGAAUCGCCGUAAUUUUCCUUGUUUUCAUUCUUUUCAAUUUUUUAAUAUUACAAUACAUAUGAAACAUUUCAUGCAUUAAAAUUUCAGAAAGGCUCGUGAAAUAUAAAACCUUUACUUAGAAAGUCAUCUGUCAGCUGUUCCGUAGAAAUGUUUUUUUUUAUUUUUUCAAUCUCCAAAACAUAGUACCUAUUCUUCAGAAUAUGAGAGUGUAGUCCAUAGUUUUUUGAUACAUAAUUUACUUUUCUUGUUGAACAAACAUAUCUGCAAGAGAUUCUGAAAAGACCUUGGGAGUGGCACCAUCCAAGUGUAGUAAAUAAACGAGCACCUAAAGGAGAGGUUAUGAUAUUUCAAGUGUAUUAAUUAGUUUUUUCAAAAGGAGGAUAUAGCACGGAGAGGUGUGGAAGAUAAGAAAAUUUUUGCAUACCAAGAAUGAACUUGCAGAGAUAAUUGCGGAGAAGGUUGAAACAUGGAAGAGGAGGAAGAGACACUUCUGGUACGUGCCCAGGUUGAACGUGAGAAAAUUUUUCAAAAAUAUGAGCGUGGUCGGGAACCAGGAGCUGAAAUUGAUCCAUGGGAAGAUCCCGAUUUCUCCCUGUACAAACAUACCGAUCGCUAUGGAUUCAUUCAUAAGCAUACUCUACCGUCACGUUUGGAUUCUGGUACAACACGUCGACGAGAGAUAGAGUUGGAGCGCGAGAAAAAAUGGCUAAAGAUGCUUCGGAAGUUGCAACGAAAAGAUACAGUGGAGAAGUUACGGAGUCGUAUAUUUAAGGGUAUCCCCAAUAAGCUACGUCCAGAGGCAUGGCUUAAGCUUCUAGGUGUAGAGGAUGUAAUGAAAAAGUGGCCUCGUGUAUACCGUGAAAUGCUCCAUCGUGCACGACUUUAUUCCACUGAAGUUCGACAGAUAGAUUCAGAUGUCAAUCGACAAUUCAGGGAACAUCUUAUUUUCCGGGAACGUUAUAGUGUGAAGCAGCAAAGUCUCUUCAAUGUCCUUGCUGCGUACAGCAUGUAUAAUAGUGAAGUUGGUUACUGCCAAGGUAUGUCCAGCGUGGCGGGAUUGCUACUCAUGUACAUGGAUGAAGAGGAGGCUUUCUGGGGACUAAAUGUUCUCUUCACGGAUGAAAAAUACGCCAUGCAUGGACUUUUCAUUGAGGGUUUUCCAAAGCUCACGCGCUUCCUGGCGCACCAUGAUCGUUUACUCGAGAGAUUUAUGCCAAGACUCAAGAGGCACCUGGACAAGCAUCAUGUCGAUUCAGUUUUAUACUCCCUCAAGUGGUUUUUUGUCGUUUUCGUGGAACGAAUACCCUUCAGUCUUGCUUUGCGUGUCUGGGAUGUGUAUCUAUUAGAAGGGGAACGCGUAAUGACCGCUAUGGCGUAUACAAUACUUAAAAUGCACAAGAACCGCAUUAUGCGCCUACGAGAUAUGGACCUUAUUAUUGAAUUUCUUCAGGUAAAGCUUCAUUCGGAUUUUGGGUAUGACGAUGACUUUGCGAUAAGAACCUUGGGACAGAUCAUGACAGAUCUGAAACGCGUCAAAAUGGACCUACCACCACCAGCUGGACCUAAUGAGCGACCAAAGAAUGCUUUUGGGGAGAUUGUUGAAACAUCAGUUGAGAAAAAAAUUGGCCGGAGGAGGCCUGUAUUCACAGAGAAUGAGUUAAACGUCCACAAUACCGUUAUCAGUCGACGACAAGAAAUGGAUACGGCAGAUUUGUCACAAUCUCGCAUCUCUGAUGAUCUUCCUGAUGAAUUUUUCGACAUUAUUGGCGCCAACACAUCUGCAAUCCAUUCGUAUAGGAGCGAAAAUAGCCUCUGUACGUCUGUGGCGUCAAGUAAUAGCUCUGUGGCUAGUUCGAUGGAUUGUGUUACAAAACUAUAAGUCAUGAUGCCUUCGUACUAGAAUUUUCGAGCAAUAUACUCAGAAAUGGGAAGCAAUCCUACACAAUAAGGACCACAUUUUUUUCAAAUUAUUUUUCAUCAUUGCUUUCCCGCGCUUCAGUUAUUUUCUUUCCCGUUUUUUUUUUCUUUUUCAUCAAAAGAUGAUUUAGAUUUAUCUAAAAGAUCAGCUCGUGAAGUAUCCUUCGAAACAUCCUUUUCAUCUAUAGCGGAUCUGAGUCUUUUCUCAGGUAGUUGCAGCAAUCCCAUGGAUGACUCCCACAGCAUCAAUACAAGCAUCCCCGAAGAGGAUGUUACCGAGGAUAGUCGCGCAAAAUGUCCGUAGAAUUUAAGAAUUGAUCUAUAAAUUUUUGUAUCUACAUGUAGCUCUUUAAAAAAAUGAAUUUAGGAUCUUUUUCAUACAAAUUAAAUUUAUAUAUAAACGUGAAUAAAAAGACAGAAUUUCAGAUUAA